GGUAGCCGCGGAGCUGUGUGGUAGCACCUAGCACCCGCCGGAGCCGAGCCCCACCACUAGCGGCCCGACCCUCCUCCGCCGCCCCCAGAGGAUGAGUAGGCCAACAGAGCAAUUGCUACCUGAAAAGCAACUCCUCAAAAAUGGAUGGGUUUUGCCUAGAGCCCAGUGAGGAAAAUAACCAUAAAGAACAAACUGGUCGAAAGCGGCGUUCUUCAAUUUUGAAACCCCCACGGAGUCCUCUUCAAGACAUAAGAAGUGGAAAUGAAAUUGGUCAGGACUUUAUCACUACAAGAAGUCGGAAAAGCUCUCGUCGGGUCAGCUUUGCAGAAACCAUUAAGGUAUUCCAGACAGAAAUUCCUACAGAAGUUAAGGAAGAGCCAAAAAAUACAGGACUAGCUGUAGGAGAAAAAAUUCCAUUUAAACAAGCUAAAAGAACAGAAGAUAAUCAAUGUGAGAUCACUGGAAUGGAAACACUUCUUCGUGCUCCUAUUCAGGUCCAGUUGCAGCAGCAAGAGGGCUCAGAUAUGGAGCCUAUUCAUGAAAAAAAGUAUGGAAAUGAUCAAACAGUCAUCUUCUCAGAUGAAAAUCAAAUGGACUUGACAUCUAGUCACACUGUGAUGAUUACAAAAGGCCUCUUAAGUUGCCCUGAAAUGGGAAAGUCCACCAAAAUAGAUACCAAAUCCUUUCUAGCCAACUUAAAGUCCCACACUGAAGAUCUAACCAUGAACAAAGAAUUUAAUUUGUCUACCAAUCCCGAAAGGAUAGCUGACAAAUGUUCUUUCCAGUCCAAGACAAGCAACUCUUCAGAAAAUAAAGUAAAUUUCAAUGACUUCAUAAAAAGAUUGAAGUUAGAAAAAUCUAUUAGUUCUUAUGCUGAAGGACCUGAUAAGGAAAAUGUCUUUAUAGGCCAUGUCUCUUCCCAAGAACCAAACAAUGAUGCCUUUUCUGUGCCAAAAAAAUACGUAUUUUCUACAGCAAAAGAGAACAGCCAUGGUGUCACUGGACUCUUCAGAGAACAAGAUGAUGAAAAGGAUGUCACCCAGUGCCAUACAGAUAAUAUUCAAUCCAUGGACCCUAUAACCAGAGAGACUCCCUUGAGGUCAGCUGAAGGAUGUGAUUUUACAGUGUAUGGCAAUGACUUUAUGGACUUGACGGUUAACCAUACUGCACAAAAUUUCCUUCCUACAAAUAAUAUAUCUAGGAUAGAGAAUCAUAUUCAGAGUGUCACAGUAGAUAUCACAAAAGGUGAUUAUACUACUAAAAAUCCAGGGACAAAGAGAAUUUGUAGAAACCAACAGAAUGUUCCAUGUCAGGACCCUUCAGGAAACCUUGAGGAUGAAAUAGAUAUUACCAGAAGCCACACUGGGAAGACAGAUACUCACCCUGCAGCAUCACAGGCUUCCAACCAAGGCUCUGUGACAUUGGCCUUACCCCGAGAAUCUACAUGUCCUGGCCUAGUAUUUCAAGGUGAUAAAACAGUUUUCUUCUCUAGUAAUGAUGAUGCCAUGGAAAUGACCAAAAGUCCUACACCCAGAAGAGAUGAUAAGAAUGCAUGUGUCAGUAAUUUAACCCAAAUGUGUCCAAAUCCAGGGAAGGCCAUGUCUAGUCUCAUGGAUAAAACUGUUUAUUCAGAAGAGGUUGAUAUGGACAUUACUAAGAGUAAUACAGUUGCCAUACAUGAUCAGAUUAUUGAAUUAUGCCCAAUUAUUGUACAGGUCCCUUCUCUACCAAAUCUUGAAAAUGAGCAAUUAUUUCAGGAUCAGGAGGCUGUUUCAGAGGAUGUAAAGCAGAACAAAAGCUGCAGUUCAGUUUCUUAUGUAACUACAGGAAGAUUGCAGCAGGAGCUGGCAAAUCCUUUAGGUGUUUCAUUGUCUGGUAACAAGUCUGUUGUCUUCUCAGGUGAAGACAUGGAUUUGACCAAAUGUUGUACAGUCAAGAUUGAUAGCAGUGACUUAGGAACUCAGUUACCUCUGACCUCAGCUAAUAUGCUGGCCCCUGUAAAAACCAAAAAACCCCUUUCUUCCCGCAGUAGACAUUCAUCUGGUUUAGAGGCAUGGGAAGAAAUGGAAAUAACUCAAAGUCAUACUGUUCCUAUUAAUCUUGACAACAGUGCAGUAGUCACACAACAAAAACUAGGACCUGAAAAUACCCAAACAGAGACCUGUAUCAAAGAUGAAAAAAUCUUGGAACUUUCAUCCUAUCCUGAUAAAGAUAUUCUUCAUUCAAGUGUUUAUAAAAUAGAUAUGACAGAAAGUCAUACCAUAGACGUCUGUGGUGAGAAUCUUGAUCGAAAAGUAGCAUUGGGAAAUACUGGAAAUGCACGUUUUCACAAGCAGUCUUGGUUAUCCAAGGUAAAACCAAUAACUUUUUCAUCAGAAGAGGACAUGGAAAGGCAUACUAUAGACAUUAACACCUGUACACUGAAAUCUACACUUGGACAGAAUUCUAGACGCUCUGAACCACUGAAAAAAAAUAUAGCCAAUACUUCACUUGCCUUUUGUCAUGACAAGACUGUUGUGUUUAUGGAACAACAACAAAAUAUGGACUUAACCACAAGUCACACUGGCGUUAUUGGAUGUAUGUCCUCUCCUUCAAUACAGGAGUCUGAAGACAUGGUUCCACAGAACAUCAUCUUUAAACCACAGUCUGAGUCGCAAAAUAAUACCAAUUUACUUUCUAAUUUAUCAGUUAGGAAUUUUGUUAGAAAUAAUGCUGUGGUCCUACAAAUGGAAGAGCCCUCCAAAAUAGACACCAAAUCCUUUCUAGCCAACUUAAAGUCCCACACUGAAGAUCUAACCAUGAACAAAGAAUUUAAUUUGUCUACCAAUCCUGAAAGGAUAGCUGACAAAUGUUCUUUCCAGUCCAAGACAAGCAACUCUUCAGAAAAUAAAGUAAAUUUCAAUGACUUCAUAAAAAGAUUGAAGUUAGAAAAAUCUAUUAGUUCUUGUGCUGAAGGACCUGAUAAGGAAAAUAUGUUUAUAGGCCAUGUCCCUUCCCAAGAACCAAACAAUGAUGCCUUUUCUGUGCCAAAAAAAUACGUAUUUUCUACAGCAAAAGAGAACAGCCAUGGUGUCACUGGACUCUUCAGAGAACAAGAUGAUGAAAAGGAUGUCACCCAGUGCCAUACAGAUAAUAUUCAAUCCAUGGACCCUAUAACCAGAGAGACUCCCUUGAGGUCAGCUGAAGGAUGUGAUUUUACAGUGUAUGGCAAUGACUUUAUGGACUUGACGGUUAACCAUACUGCACAAAAUUUCCUUCCUACAAAUAAUAUAUCUAGGAUAGAGAAUCAUAUUCAGAGUGUCACAGUAGAUAUCACAAAAGGUGAUUAUACUACUAAAAAUCCAGGGACAAAGAGAAUUUGUAGAAACCAACAGAAUGUUCCAUGUCAGGACCCUUCAGGAAACCUUGAGGAUGAAAUAGAUAUUACCAGAAGCCACACUGGGAAGACAGAUACUCACCCUGCAGCAUCACAGGCUUCCAACCAAGGCUCUGUGACAUUGGCCUUACCCCGAGAAUCUACAUGUCCUGGCCUAGUAUUUCAAGGUGAUAAAACAGUUUUCUUCUCUAGUAAUGAUGAUGCCAUGGAAAUGACCAAAAGUCCUACACCCAGAAGAGAUGAUAAGAAUGCAUGUGUCAGUAAUUUAACCCAAAUGUGUCCAAAUCCAGGGAAGGCCAUGUCUAGUCUCAUGGAUAAAACUGUUUAUUCAGAAGAGGUUGAUAUGGACAUUACUAAGAGUAAUACAGUUGCCAUACAUGAUCAGAUUAUUGAAUUAUGCCCAAUUAUUGUACAGGUCCCUUCUCUACCAAAUCUUGAAAAUGAGCAAUUAUUUCAGGAUCAGGAGGCUGUUUCAGAGGAUGUAAAGCAGAACAAAAGCUGCAGUUCAGUUUCUUAUGUGACUACAGGAAGAUUGCAGCAGGAGCUGGCAAAUCCUUUAGGUGUUUCAUUGUCUGGUAACAAGUCUGUUGUCUUCUCAGGUGAAGACAUGGAUUUGACCAAAUGUUGUACAGUCAAGAUUGAUAGCAGUGACUUAGGAACUCAGUUACCUCUGACCUCAGCUAAUAUGCUGGCCCCUGUAAAAACCAAAAAACCCCUCUCUCCCAACAGUAAACCUACUUCUCAAAUUGUUCUUCAACAGAUUCCACUGAAAGAGGCAUUUAAUUCCUUCUUGCAAGACAAAGGUGAUCUCCACUCUGAAAAACCAUUUGGUAACUGCCAGAAUUCAUUAUCCCAACCUGAGAAUCUCACAGUGGCUAAUACAGAUGUAAGCCCACAGUAUGCUCAUCAAUCACUGCUAGCCAUGAAAUUAGUUUCGACCAAUUCACUCUUGCCUUAUCCUUCAGAAAAGACUGUUAUUUUUGCCCCUGAGCAAGAUAAUAUGGACUUGACUGAAAACCAUGAAGUAAUUAUUCAAACUGGCAACUCAAAGAUACCUGCAGAUGAACAGCAGAAACAGAAAUACAGUGAGGCUUCUGUGAGAUAUGGGAAAUCACCAUGCUUAACUCUCUCAUGUUUGAAUAAGAAAAGGAUGACUGAAAUUGUGGGGGAUAGUUUGGAGAUCAAUAAAAUCCAUAGAAUUGGAGGAGACAAAGCAGAUUUAGAAGAAGAAACAAGCAGGGCCACAGAUGAAACAGUGGUGUUUCCAGAUAGUCAGGAUGAGCUAGAGAUUACUAAGUCCCACACUGUUGUCAUUGAUUACCAAACUAUGAAAAAGAUGCAAGAUGGGCCUUAUCCUAAGGACUCUAGAAGGAAAAGCCUAGGUCAGCCAAAGAUAAUAUUUGCUCCUAAUGAUCAAACUGUUUUCUUUUCAGAGGAAGGUGGGAAUGAUUUGGAUCUCACUAAAAGCCACACAACAGUAAUAAACAGUCAGAUAGUACCACAAGGAGAUAACCACAGGAGUAUUCCUGUGGAUAAGACUAUAAUGUUUAUAUCCAAUAAUGACAUGGAAUUAACUAAGCCAAUCCCUUGUAUGAUUGAUAAAGCUGUAGAGAGACCCAAAUUGGGGAGUGCACAGCUGUUAGACAAACCUGGAGGAAGUAAAAGCAUGAAUGAAUUCUACAGUAACAAAACUAUUGUAUUUCCAGCAGGUGAUGAGAAUAACAUGGAAAUUUCCAAUGCUUUUACAAAGGAAAUAGACCACAAAGAUGUUCUAGAAGGUAAACGGGACAGUUGUUUGGUACCUUUAGCUACAGCUUCCAAAACUGUUUUGUAUAGAGGUGAACAGGAUGACAUGGAGAUCACUGACAUCACUAAAAGCCACAUUUUUGCAAUGGACUGUGAAGCUGAUUUACAAGAUGUAGGAACCACUAAGAAAAUGGAUAAAACAGUGGUGUUUGCAGAUAAUCAGAAUGAGCUAGAAAUUACCAAGUCCCACACUGUUGUCAUUGAUUACCAAACUAUGAAGAAGACAAAGGAUAGGUCUAAUCUUAAGAGCUCUGGAAGGAAAAGUUUAGGUGGACCAAAGAUGACAUUUGCUUCUAAUGAUCAAACUGUUUUCUUUUCAGAGGAAGAUGGGAAUGAUUUGGACCUCACUAAGAGCCACACAACAGUAAUAAACAGCCAGAUAGUGCCACAAGGAGAUGGCCACGGGAAUAUUCCUGUGGAUAAGACUAUAAUGUUUACAUCCAAAAAUGACAUGGAAUUGACUAAAUUGACCACUUGUAUUACUGACAAAACUAUAGAGGAUCCAGGGUUGGAUCCUAUACAGCAGUUAGAAAAACCUAAGGGGAAGAAAAGUAUAAAUAACCUCAACAGUGACAAAACUAUUGUAUUUUCAGCGACUGAUGAGAAUGGGAUGGAAAUUACCAAUAUUUGUGCAAUGGAAAUAAACCAGGAAGGUCAACAGGAUAGUUGUUUGGUACCUUUAGCUACAGCUUCCAAAACUGUUUUGUAUAGAGGCAAGCAAGAUAGCACGGAGCUCACUAACAUCACUAAAAGCCACUUUUUUGCAAUGGAAUGUGAAGCUGAUUUAGAAGAUAUAGGUACCAGUAAGAUAAUGGAUAAAACAGUGGUGUUUGCAGAUAAUCAAGGGCUAGAAAUUACUAAGUCCCACACUGUUGUCAUUGAUUACCAAACUAUGGAAAAAAUGCAAGGUGGGUCUCAUCUUAAGGACUCUAGAAGGAAAAGCCUAGGUCGACCAAAGAUGAUGUUUGCUCCUAAUGAUCAAACUGUUUUCUUUUCAGAGGAAGGUGGGAAUGAUUUGGAUCUCACUAAAAGCCACACAACAGUAAUAAACAGCCAGAUAGUACCACAAGGAGAUAGCCACAGGAGUAUUCCUGUGGAUAAGACUAUAAUGUUUAUAUCCAAUAAUGACAUGGAAUUAACUAAGCCAAUCCCUUGUAUGAUUGAUAAAGCUGUAGAGAGACCCAAAUUGGAGAGUGCACAGCUGUUAGACAAACCUGGAGGAAGUAAAAGCAUGAAUGAAUUCUACAGUAACAAAACUAUUGUAUUUCCAGCAGGUGAUGAGAAUAACAUGGAAAUUUCCAAUGCUUUUACAAAGGAAAUAGGCCACAAAGAUGUUCUAGAAGGUAAACGGGACAGUUGUUUGGUACCUUUAGCUACAGCUUCCAAAACUGUUUUGUAUAGAGGUGAACAGGAUGACAUGGAGAUCACUGACAUCACUAAAAGCCACAUUUUUGCAAUGGACUGUGAGGCUGUAGGAACCAAUAGGAAAAUGGAUACAACAAUGGUGUUUGCAGAUAAUCAGAAUGAGCUAGAAAUUACCAAGGCCCAUACUGUUGUCAUUGAUUACCAAAUUAUGGAGAACACACAGAACAUGUUUCCAAGUAAGGUAAAACUUGAUAGCUUUAAAAGGAAUAGCUUAGUUGGAGCACAGGUAACAUUUGUUCCUAAUAAUGAGACUAUUUUCUUUUCAAGUGGAGACGUUAAUGAUAGAAAAGUCACUAAAAAACAAACAGAUGCAAUAGAAAACAGAAGUUUUCUUCAGGAUGAACAGCAGCGGUCUGCAUUACCUUCCUUCCCUGCAGAUAAAACUAUUAUGUUUACAGGUGAUCAGGAUGUAAUGGAAAUGGACGAGUCUCAAAGCACUGUUAUUAACAAAAAAACUUUGGAGAAAGUUGUUGAUCAGGAUCAUGUAUUAGAAACAGUCAAAAAAGAAGUAUGUGCUUUUGAUAGUACAAUUUUAUUGGGAAAAACUAAAUCUAAAUCUAAAACAAUUCCAUUUAAGUUUCCAAAACGUCAGGUGAAAGCUUUCAAUGAUGAUAGAGAACAAAGACAAAGAAGUGAGCUCUUCAGAGAUGCUGUACUUGUUGACUCUCAACCUCAGUUACUAACCCAUUCAAUUCCCUUACCAGAAAAGGAACAAUAUAUUGUAAAUGAAGAUAAACUAAUGCAACCUGAGGCAGAAAAUGGAAAUUUGGAAGUUGCUACAGGAAACAUUUGUAUACUUAAUUAUGAAAACGAGUCCAAAAUGUUGCACAAUGAUAGAGAGCUUACUACAGCCUCAGAAAAAGAACCAAAGCAAAAUGUACAAAUAUCUGAAUGGGAAGCAACUGUGGAAGUCCAUGUUAACUCAGGCUCAGCUACAGAAGUACAUCAGCUCCAUGCCGCUCAUUCCAUGCUGUCAGAUCCUAUGAUUUCAUCUAAAGCUAUUAGUACUGCUAAUAUUGAACCAAAUCUGAAUACAGUCAAGAGAUCUGAAAUUUUUUCACAAUAUCAGACUAGUCAUGUAGCUAACCUUACAGAACAGUUACCCAAAUUGGGAAAACAAGUAGAAGACAGUGUGGAUAAAUCUCAAACCACUGAAACACAAAACACAAAAAUAGGAACCAAUAAUGCAGAGAACAUCGAAGAUGAGGGAAAACCAUACUCUUGUAGUGGAGAUGCAUCUUAUUCUGUACCCUUAAAGGCUCUUGUAAAGGAUAAAAUUAAGACAAGAAGGUACUCUUUGGGAAUCUUUUUACCUAAACUGCCAAACAAAAGAAAUUGCAGUGUCACUGGCAUGGAUGCCUUGGAGCAUAACUCAGUAGAUUUAACUGACUUAAACAGUUUAGAAACUCAGCCAGUCACUAAGAAAAGUUCAAAUUUGAUGUCUGCUUUAACAGAGCCACAUCUGAGCCCCUCUCAGUAUAUAAAUGAGGAGCACCUUCCUCUAGAUCCCGAAGAGAGUAAUUCUUCUGAAUCCAUCAGCAUUGAAACCAAGGGAAAGGCUUUGACUGAGACUUGCCAACAAGAGAUCCAACCUCCUGAAAGUGCAGUGAAGGAAAUCUUUAAUAGUCAGAAAAGACUCCUAGUACAAGGAGAAGAUGACAGUGUUCCCAGUGAGAAGAAAGUCCGAAAGGAUGAGACCAGUCUUAGUAAUUCAGCCCAGGCUCUCCAGGCAUUGGAUCACCAUACAGAAGAGUAUGUGGAUAGAAAUCCUUCUAGUUCAUUGAUGAAAAGUCUCAACAGGACCCCAUCUAGUUGUUCCAGCUCAUCGGAUUCCAUCAAGGCUGAUGGGACGUCUAUGAAUUACAGCAUGCAGCAGAGCAGUCAGAUGGAAUCACAAUUUCUCAUGGACCACAUUUGUGAAGAGAACUUGAAAGAGAAACUCCAUGAUGGUAGGAUCACAGUAAGAGAGUUCUUUACACUUCUGCAGGUCCACAUUCUCAUUCAGAAACCCCGACAGAGCAACCUUCCAGCCAAUUUUGCUACAAAUGUGCCAUCUACACCAAAAGACUUAAUGUUAAGUCAAUAUAUUCACCGGCCCAAGAUACAGAUUUAUAAAGAAGAUUGCCAGGCUCUCCAUCAAAAGAUUGAAGAAUUAAAGCUCCAUGCCUUGAAACAGGAUAAACUACUGGUAGAUGUGAAUAGGAGCCUGUGGGAAGUAAUGAAGGGCUGCUCUGAUGAAGAGCUGAAGACAUUUGGAGCCCAUCUGAACAAAAUGAAAUCACGUUUUGCCAAGAAGACUAAAGUUUUUGCUCACCAAGGGAAAGUGGUUCUAUAUAGGAAACUGGUACAAUCAGCAAAGGUUGAACAGGAGAAGCUUCAGAUAAGGAUGGACAAGAUGGAUUCUGUACUCAAGGAGGUGGAUACCUGUCUUGCUGCUCUGGACCUGGAAAUUAAGAAUCUGGACAGGAAUGAAGAAGAUAUCCCUAUGGCAGAGUGGGAUUCUGAAAUGUUAGCUACAGAGAAAGAAUUAGAACAGUUACAAGCUGAAGAAGAGGAACUCAAGAGGAAUAUAUCAGAACUAGAGAUACAGAGGCAGCAGGCACUUGCCCAAAUAAACAGUCUACAAAGAGAAGCAAAUAGAACUAAGGAAUGCCUGGAAAAAUUCAACUGCUCAGAGUGGGAGAUUAUUGAAUGGAGUGAUAGCCAGGCUAUAUUCACUUUCCUUUAUGACUCAAUAGAGCUCACCAUCACCUUUGGAGAGCCUGUGGAUGGUCUUCCUUUCCUGAGCAAAACUUGCAGAAAGAUUAUUGAUGUAAACUUUGAAACUCUGCUGCAUGAAAAUAAAGCUCCCCCAUCAUCACUGUUAGUGCACAGACUCAUUUUUCAGUUCAUUGAGGAUCAGGGAUCAUGGAAGAAUAAAUGCAUAACACAGCAUCAUGUGCCUAAGAUGCUACAAGAGAUUUCAUUGGUAGUAAGUCACUGCAGACUUCUGGGAGAAGAGAUUGAAUUUCUAAAUAGAUGGGGACCAAACUACAAUCUCAUGAACAUAGAUGUGAAUAAUACUGAAGUGAAGCUCUUAUUCUCCAGCUCUGCUGCUUUUGCAAAGUUUGAAUUGACACUGACUCUUUCAGCCCAUUAUCCAUCUGUCCCAUUAUCUUUCACCAUUCAGAACCUCAUUGGGAACACUGACCAAGAUAAAAUUGCUGCCAUUUUGUCUAAUGUGCCACUGGAUAACAAUUACCUGAAGACAGCAGUCAAGUGCAUUUACCAAGAUCUCCUCCAAGGCCCUCAUCUUCAUCACUAGAACCACCACUAGAACAACUGUAAUGAUGAAAUUUUUUCCUACCACUUGCUGUUCAACUUUCGCUCUCUUUGGUGUAUUGGAAGCAAACUUGACAGAGAUCUUGCUAGUCAUAUUAUUUUUAUAUUUAAACUACUAUAGUCAGGGGUCAUAUGUUCACCUCUUUAUUAGCCUCUCUUUCUUAGAUUCACUACCAAGAGAAUGGUGUACUGCUUUAUUCUAAGGCAAUUGGAUACCUAGGAAAAAAUGUCAUUAAACUGUGGUGGAAUUUCUGAGCUAAGAUGAGCAACCUAUUGGACAUGAGAAGGAAAAUCAUCACAGAAUAUUGUCUUCUGCCGUCUCCAUAUAUUCUAGCUUCUGCCUGACAUCUUGUUU